AUGGAGAACGGCGGCCGCGUGGCUGCGAUCGCCGUGCCUCUCAUCGCCACCGCGCUCCUCGCCGCAGCCUUCGUGCUGCCGCCUCCCGCCUUCUUGGGCGGCGGCGGCGGCGCCGAGGCAGCCAGCAUCGUCCGGGAGCGCCGCCGGGAGCACUUCCUGCGGCACGUUCCCCAUGAGCCCCAGAAGGCGCCGGCGAGCGCGCAACUCGCCCAGAAGGUGAGCGUCGGGCCGAUCAAGGAGUCCCUGGUCCGGUCUUGGGCGGCGGAGAGCGCUCGGCGGAGCUUCAAGGACGUCGGCGACGCCUUCGUGCCGCGAGGCGCCAUCUACCGAAACCCCAGAGCUUUCCACAGGAGCUACCUGGAGAUGGAGAGGAAGUUCAAGAUAUGGACGUACAGGGAAGGAGAGCCGCCGCUGACGCACCUCGGCCCGUCCGCCGACAUCUACUCCAUCGAGGGCCAGUUCUUGGAGGAGAUCGAAGACCCCCGGAACCCCUUCGCCGCCCGCCACCCCGGCGAGGCCUACGCCUUCCUGCUCCCCGUACCCUACUGGAACAGGUCGCCCGGCGCCGACCACGUCAUCGUCUCAUGCCACGACUGGGCGCCGCUGGUCUCCGAAGCGAACCGGGAGCUCUACACCAACGCGAUCCGGGUGCUGUGCAACGCCAACACCUCGGAGGGAUUCCGCCCGCGCAAGGACGCCACGCUGCCGGAGGUGAACCUCGGCGACGGCAUCCUCCGCUGCCCCACGUCCGGCCUGCCGCCCGAGAACCUCACGACGCUCGCCUUCUUCGCGGGGGGCAUGCACGGGCACAUCCGCAAGGCGCUGCUGGGGUACUGGCUCGGCAGGAAGGACCCGGACAUGGACAUCCACGAGUACCUCCCCAAGGGGCAGGACUACCAUGCGCUCAUGACCAGGGCCCGGUUCUGCCUCUGCCCCAGCGGCUUCGAGGUGGCCAGCCCCAGGGUGGUGGACGACGUGCUGGACUGGAGCAAGAUGUCGGUGACCGUGCCGCCGGCCAGGAUACCGGAGCUGAAAGACAUCUUGAAGGGGGUGUCCGAGCGGAGGUACCGGGUGCUGCGCGCCAGGGUGCUGCAGGCGCAGCGGCACUUCGUGGUGCACCAGCCGGCGCAGCGGUUCGACAUGAUCCGCAUGGUGCUGCACUCCAUCUGGCUCAGAAGGCUCAACGUUAGGCUCCCGUACUGA